AUGCGAAAACAAUCAGACGAACAGCUCGGUAUCCUAGAAGAGUUGGAACUUGUGCAUGGGAUGCAUCAGAUGAUCCUGCAGCUACUGCAAGACUUGGGCUUCUCGCCGCCAGAUGAAGGCCAUCAAAUUCCAGAGACGGAUGCCUCGGGAGCAGACGCUCUCUAUGAUGAGAGAAGAGCCGACAUCUACAAGGGCUUCCAGGACGUCGUUGCAGAAAAGGAGAAGCUGGAGGUGCGGAUCGCCUCUCUGAAGAAGGAGGACGUCCAACGGCGGGGACAACAGUCGGGUGUGCAAAAGAAGACGAUUCAGGCUCGCAAGGCUCGCAGAAAGGGUAAUAAAUGGACCAAGGCAAAGAGAUCUUGA